GCUGGUCGUCUUCGAUCGUCCUCGAGCUUCAUUGAAAGCUUGAAGCAAGUCUCAAAGGUUCGCAUAGUAUUUUAAUUAGCGCAGUCCACCCGCAGUCAACUCCACCCACGGCCAACGAUGCACAUAUUGACUAAGAAGCCGUUGAUCGUCGCGGUUGGCCCAAGAUAAGAGUCCUAAAUCAGCUACUAUCAGAGCCUAUCACUUAGCGGUCGAGUAAUCGCACGUUCUCAACGCUUCUUUCACGAUAUAUAUAUAGUGCUAUGCACUCUCCUACACUCCCACUCCCUUCCUCUUCGCAGUCUCCUAUGGCUAAGACGCUCUCUUGGCUCUCAUUUCUCUCUCUGAUCUUGUUCAACCCCGCCCGACUGUUGAAUCCUCGCGCAUCGAAUCUUGCCAAAGAUUUCAGUCUCACGUACGUGAAGGAUUCGGGAAUAUGUGAAACUGUAGAUGGAGUAGGUCAAUAUUCAGGAUACAUCAAUGUGGGAGAUGAAAAUUAUCUCUGGUUUUGGUUUUUCGAAUCUCGAAAUAAUGCCAGCACUGAUCCAUUUGUACUCUGGUUGAAUGGAGGUCCAGGUUGUUCAUCGAUGAUAGGUCUGUUCACAGAGUCCGGUCCCUGCACAGUCGAUUCGGACGGAGAAUCGACCACCCUUAAUCCGUACAGUUGGAACAAUUAUAGCAACAUCCUUUACCUUGACCAACCUUUUGGUGCCGGUUUUUCUACAGGCCCUACCUUGACCAACAGCUCUAGCGCCGCUAUCUACGCAUGGACUGCGUUUCAAGUUCUGUUCACCAGUGAUGCGUUCGCUCAAUACAAAGAUCGCCAAUUCGUCCUGGCCACAGAAAGUUAUGGUGCUCGUUUUGGUCCAGUUUUCAUCGAUUAUUUCAAUGUCCAGAACGAAUUGAUAGAAAGCGGAGGCCUUAAUGGGGUUAAAGUGGUCGUAUCUUCGCUUAUGAUCAACGAUGGAAAACAUGAUCCUCUGAUAAACUUUCGAAGUCUUGUCACUUUCGCUCAAGACGCGCCUGGCUACGGCCCCCUUGUCAAUGACAGUGUCCUCUCAAAUAUGACCAAAGCUUUCCAUAACAUAUGUCGUGGUCUUUUACAGGAUUGCUAUGACGCUGAUAUCACGAAAAGUAGCGGCGCUGAUACGUGUAACACUGCUAUCACCACCUGCACUGAAGAUGUGAUGGAUCCUGCAGUGGGGUACAGAGAUGCGGACUAUUUGUUGACGUCUUCAACAUCCGACAGCAAUAUACCAACGACGUAUUACGCCACUUACAUUCGCCGAGAACAAGUGCAAAAUGCCAUUGGCGCGAAUCUACUGAUUUCUCAUCCUACAUUUGACCAAUGUGAUGAUACAACCCAUGCCCUAUUUUCGCAAUCAGGGGAAACUGGCAGGACUUUUCUACCUGAACUUGCCAAGCUUGCCAACUCUGGAUUCCAUAUACUCAUCUGGGGAGGUGACGCAGAUAUGAAAGCAAACUGGCUCGGACUUCAUCAAUCUAUGGUCCAGAUGAAUUGGUACGGAAACCAGACACUCAAUAAUACUGCCUUUAAGAACAUGUCUAUCAAUGGUGACAAUGUGGCUUCAUUUGCGGUCGUUGACAACUUCACAUUUGCCCGUGUCUAUGGAGCUGGACAUACCCUGCCAGCAUACAAACCACAAGUCGCACAAACAAUAUUUCGACAGUUUAUAACCAAUCAGACCAUACAUUCGGUAGAGACAAAUAUGUCAGGUUCUGCCCCGACCGCUGGAGCUUCCUCAAUAAGCUCCUCUGAUACAUCUCAAUCCAAAUAUCCUGAUAUCUGCGCGUUAAUCUUCACUUACAUUGUGUCAGGAUAUGGUUUGUGGAGGCUGUCAUGAAAUGAUAUCAUGAACAUGGUCUAUGUUGAACUGUGUAUAAUACCAAUAAUACAAAAGGUGGGGUAUAAUUAGAAGACUCAUGAUGUACAACUUGUAAUGUUGAUCCUCUGUUUCCUUUUUUGAUGUUGAUAAAAUAUGGGAGAGAAACAAGCACAAUAAGUAAGUAAUCACAGAGGCAGAGGGGAACCAUUUGAAAUGAGGAACAAUCCUGUAAGCAUGGAAAAGCUCAGAGACAAUGUGAUAAGUAUACUGUACAGUGAGGGAGGCCAGGAAGA